AUGCCCGGAUGCGCACCACAACGUCACAAGAUUGCUUCCUAUACGUCUACAGCUGUGAAAAUAUGUGAUUUUGAAGGAAAAUAUCGUGAUCCAUAUAAUCCUCUCCGAAAGCUGCAUCAACUCUGUGCACAGGCGACGGUGUACUGCAAUGGCAGAGCUGUUGGAUAUUCGGUAAUGACAUCCUAUAAACCACCACCAGAUGAUCUUGAACGUUCCCGUAAUCGACUCAUACAGUCUUGGGGCGAGUGGUUGACAUUACCCGUGCGAUACUGUGAUCUGAGUCGUGAUGCAUCCAUACACUUCUCUGUAUGGGAGCUGACAGCAGGCACAGAGUCAGAUGAGCUAUUUCCACCAGAUGAUUUGCCUAAGCGACCAGAAGGAGUACCAACUCCUUUACCGAAGAGGUUGAUAGCGCAGUCAACGCUGCCUUUGUUUAGCAAGCGCGGAGUUCUAAAAUCGGGUACCUUAGAUGUACAAAUGGAACUGUCCGAGGAGGUUGAUCCACUUUAUCAUUGUCAAGAGCAGUGGAAGUUCACGGACCCUAAUGACAGUCAUUUGAGUGAUCUGCUGAAGCAGGUAUCUCGCCAGCAGCGUAAUUUGGUAGCUGAAGUGCCAUGGCUAGACCCUUUCACACUGAAAAAAGUGGAGGAAAUUAGAAGCAAUCGUAAAUUCGCUGCAACACAGCGGUAUCUAUUUCUUGUCAUUAAAAUGGCAUCAAUACAGUAUGAUCGUCAACAUUAUGAUGUUGUCUAUUAUGAGGAUCCGACUCCUGAUAUAAGAAUCGUCACAUCUAUGGGAGGAAAUGGUGUUGGAGCGGCGUCAACGAGAUUCACUGAUCCAGAAUUGGGCCUCGAAAAUCUGGCGGAGACGAAGCAUAACGUGAUGACAAGAAACGCUCGCGCAGGUGCUAUGGAUAAGCAACUCAAGCCGAACAAGCAGACCAAGGAUCGAUUGGAAACGAUAAUCAAGCUGCCAUCAUCACAGUCACUAACGAGAGAACAGAGGGAUCUUGUAUGGAAAUUCCGUUAUUUCCUGCAAGCUGAUCGCAGGGCGCUUAACAAGUUCUUACGGUCCGUUAACUGGGAUCAGCCAGGUGAAGAACAGCAUGCGUUGGCUUUGCUCAACGACUGGACUCCAAUAGAAGCUGAAGAUGCAUUGGAAUUGUUAUCUCCUGCUUUUACACAUCCAGCUGUCAGGUGCUACGCUGUUUCACGACUUUUCGACGCAGCAUCGCCUGAUCAAGUAUUGCUUUAUCUUCCACAACUGGUACAAGCGCUCAAGUAUGAACCAUUACCCACCACAGAUGCGGCAAUCGUAGAACAGAUGGAAUCGUGUUCUAAUUCGCAGGCCACUGAAGCUACCGAGGUUGUCGUGCUGGAGGAAGAUGACCUCGCAGCAAGGACCACCGACGAUUUGGCGUCCUUUUUGGUCAAAUAUGCCACAGGCUAUCCAAAGGUAGCAAAUUUCCUAUUUUGGCACUUGAAAGUUGAAAUGGAAGCAACACGCACGACUGACGAGCAAAUAUCAUCGGUCUAUGAACGGUUGUUGAAUCGUUUAUUAGAAACUCUACAACGUGGCACGGCAGAAAUGAAGAGACAAGCAGAAAGUUUGAGGCUGCAGCGGCAAUUCGUGGAAGAUCUCAAGGUGCUCAUGCAAGAAGCGAAAGCCAAGCAUAGUCGUCGUGACCUACGCCAGUCUGCUCUGUGCACGUUGCUGAGCAAUGCGCGACACAUGAAAGAACUGCGGGGCUUACUCUUGCCGUUGGAUCCGAGUGUGAAACUUGCUGGGGUAAUGCCCGAUUCAGCAGUACUCUUCAACAGCGCGAUGAUGCCUGUGAAGUUGACAUUCCGCACUAUAACUGGGACAGACACAAACAAGGAGUAUACGGUGAUUUUCAAGCAGGGAGACGAUCUCAGGCAGGAUCAACUUGUUAUUCAAAUGUUUCGACUGAUGGAUACUCUUUUCAAAAAGGACCAACUGGACUUGAAACUGACACCAUAUGCAGUGUUAUCUACUGGUGUCAACGAAGGUUUUGUGCAGUUCGUAAAAGCUAGACCUUUGCGAGAAGUCAUUAAUACAUACAGAAGAUACAACACGGAUUGUAUAAAAGAAGCCAUGAAAGAAGCGCGUCCAGACGCUAAUGGUCCUCUAGGCAUUGAAGCAGAUGUGGUGGAUAAUUACGUCAGAUCGCUUGCUGGAUAUUGCGUAAUGUGCUACGUACUCGGAGUUGGUGAUCGACAUCUUGAUAACCUACUCCUCUGUGAAAAUGGACGUUUGUUCCACGUAGACUUCGGAUUCAUAUUGGGACGUGACCCGAAACCUUUACCACCUCCAAUGAAGCUUACCAGUGAAAUGCUUCAAGCAAUGGGCGGAAUAAAAAGCGAUCAUUUUCGUCACUUUUGUAUGCAUUGCGAUUCUGCCUACCGUAUUCUUCGAAGACAUGCUAAUGUUAUUUUGAACCUUUUCUCGCUCAUGCUUGAUGCUGGCAUUCAUAAUAUCUCCGAAGAGCGAGACAAAGCUGUUUUCAAGGUGGAAGAACGACUGAGAUUGGAUCUAAGCGAUGAAGCCGCAUCGAUGCACAUCUUUGGAGUUAUCGAGACAAGCAUGAAUUUUUUGAGUAUGAACGUCGGAAUUGUGAUGGAUGUUUUGCAUGAUCUGCGACAGAACCUGAGUUGGUAGCUGCAACCCUCACGCCUUUAAUGAUUCCUACGAGUGGUGCACGGGAAGAAGUGUGAUGUGGUUAGACUAGUCCUUGUGAACGCUUGUAAAACCUGGAUGUAUAUAAAUAAACUUGAAGACGCAUG